UCCCCGUAUGACCGGGCAGCGGCGCUGUUUUCACGGCUGCACAACUCUCUGUAUUUGGUGAAGGACUAUGUUGUAAAAAUCUUUCAAACUAUUUUUCAGCGACACCGUGGCUCCUCUGGUGGUCUGAUCGGUGUUACCGGGCCUCUGUGACUGUCUGUCCCCGAGGACGUGUGUCCAGCCCGGGUUGGACUGUUUCGGCCAGCUGCUGAGCGGUUUUCUGCUCUGACUGGAGGUUUUACUGCCAGCCAAGUUAACGUUAGCUCAACAGCUAAAAGUCACGUCACCUGUGCGGGGUCGAAUUAAAAGUUUCGCAUUUGUUCCGGGACAACCGGGUGAGUUUUAACUACAUGAGGUUAGAAAACUCUGUCUCGACUGUUUUUGUGUGGGCUUCGUAUUUUAUCUCGCUUUCACGCAGCGACAAAUUUUGCGUUAGAGACAGUAGCAAGUGAAGCGUGGCUGCGGGUGAUAAAUGUCGGUCAGACACGCAGUCAUACAUGGAUAAGGUGUUUUUCUGAGGGAAAUGCGGUAGAGAGAAGGAAGCCUCUGUGUUCAGCACUCUGACUCGGCGGCUCUGGGUUUGCUGCUCGCGAGGCCUGCGGGUCAGGCUUCCACCGGGCUUGAGUAGAGCCCGAAGCCGCCAUUGCAGGGUCUAAGGCCGCCAGUCGGUGCCGCCACCGCCGGGCCUGCGGACCAAAGUAUGGAACGGAUGGAGGUGGACCAGUGCGCAGGCGCAGCUGGCGGGGCAGGAGGCGGAGCUCUCCGCAGAUCGAACAGUGCACCGAUGAUCACCAGUGUCAGUGAUGGGAUGACGGUCUUCAGCCCCAUGUCGUCGGCUCGAUACAGGCGCAGCAGUGUGUCCAUCAAUCCCAGCUGCCCUUCACAGCUCGUCCCUCUCUCUCCUUUUUCUCUGACCGGAGACAGACUCGACCAGAAGAGGCAGGAGGAGAACAUGGAGAUAACGCUCAGAGGGAGUCUGCAAAGACUAAGUGCUUCCAGUCUGAUCCCAGUUCCGCCAGUCAGUCAGUGGCAUGACCAAACAUCAACGUGGUUCCAGUCGCAGGACAGUGGCAUCACACCAAACUCCUCCCCAAGUCCAACCAGGAGGUUCAGACCAGCAGUCAGCACCACUAUGCGAUGGCCUGCGUUAACGCCGCUGAAGAGGAAAGGAGGGGUGGAGUCUGACGGACCCCCAAAGAAGCUUUUUGUUGCUGGGGUAACAGAUCCCGCCCACCGCAGCAGCUACACAGUCAGUGUCCCCCAGUCAGCAGCAGACUCUCCUCCUGCAGGAGGGAUCAGUCCUCAGUCCAGCCCUUUGUCUCUCUCUCCUCCCCCCUCUAUCACCCCCUUCACCUCCCAUCAGCACCCCGGACACUAAACCCCAUCCUACAUGCUGCCUCAUCCACCUCUGUGGAUGCAAGCCGGCCACCAGCAACCCUCCCCCUCCAAAAGCCCCGGAGGAGCAUCGGACCUUAUUGCACCUUAUUCCUCUCCCAAUCUGCCAGCAUCACUGUAAGUCCCGCCUCUUCCUGUGGCUGCGUUCGACUGACGGAAGAACCACAGGCUUCUUCUGUCUGUCUGGUGUCCUGCUCUGUGAGUGGGUCUGUUUCUACCCAUCAGCUGUUCCUGUUGGUUGGAUAUUUAAACCCAGUGUCACUCAUCUUAUUUGACAGCCUCUUAAAUGCUUUUCAUUCAGUCCCAGUGGUCCACGUUGGGUUAAUGUUGGUCCAUGUGUCCAGGCAGGAAGGAGUCCCGUUCAGGGGACUGAGUCUGACUGAUCCUCCUCAUCAUAUUACACAAUCUGUUUCAGCAUCAUCGGUGUCCUUCUGACAUCACAAAAAAUUUUGGUCAAACCUUUAGAGAAACACACUGGUUGUGUUGUCAGACACAUCUGGAAAAGGCUUCUGCAGAGAUGUACACAAAUGUGUGUGUGGGUGUACAGAGAAGGGUAAGUGCAGGUGAUGAGCGGCGUGUCAGUGGAGCUGAGCAUCAGACAAGUGGGUGAAUCAGCAUCGGUACAGAGCAACAAAGCAACUGUUUCUGAUACAGUGCACAAGGAUAAAAAAACGGAGCACACAGACGUCUUUGAAUGACGCCUGUUCCAGCCUGAAGAUGGUCACGUUUGUCAGUUGUGUUUCUCUGAGAACUAAAAAAAGGAUGAAAGUGACAAACGUUUUGUUCUGUGGACGUCGCAGCUCAUCUUGGAUCGAUGACCUCUCGAGGGCUGGAGGUCGUGGCUUGGUUCCCAUCCGACCAGUCAGUUGAUGCUGUUUCUGAAGUUCCACCUCUUCUCUGAUCGGUUAUUCAGGGGCUUUGAAGACAUUCUAAUAAAGUCUUGAGUUGUAAUCAGGACAAACGCAGAAGAUAAGAAAAUGUUUUCAGUCUGUUGAUCCGAAUCAAGGAAUUUCAGGAGCAUUUGGUUCCACCUUCAGUGAUCCAGUCGACACCUGCAGGAACUGAACCAGACAGCAAAACCUCUGGCUGGAGUUUCACCUGCUGGAAGUUGAAUAUGUGAACCCACUGACCUUUCUACCGGUAGGGUGUAGAAAUCAUCUGAUUUAUUUAGACAUGGUCCUGAGUGUUCCUGACUGGUGGGUCUGUUACAUUGAGACUAAUCACUUUCCACCACACAGAAGAUGAUGGAUUUGUCAAUAAAACAAAAGGAGAAAUUUACAGAAGCCUGGAUAUCCAAUGAAACACUGUAAAAAAUCUUUGUACAAACCCAAAAACUGUAUGAACGGGGUUAUAGCUUUUGUAAGGCCAAAACUGUUUAUUUUUGUCAGGUAUUUCUGAGCCCAGACCAGCUUUACCUGAGUCAGACGGGAAGGUCAGUCACUGAAGUCUGAGGUUUGUGUUUUAAUGAGAGGUUUCCGUUGUCUGUCGCAAACUCAUAGCUCUGACCGAAUCCUCCUGGAUUCUCCAGAGGAAACGUGCCAAUAUUCAUCCACAGUUUGUUGAACUUUGGACAGUGGCUUCGCUGUGGAGGACGGUGUGAUAAACUGGCUCCUGCUCAGUAGAAGUGUGAAGAAGCCGUGGUUUUCGGCACCACAUCUGUUCGGUAAAAGUGUGUCUCUAUGUGAGUGCAGGCAGUCGGGGCAACUGAUGUGUGCUCAGUUUUCCUCAGCCUGCAGUGUUUGUACAUACUGAAUCUGCAGGAAGCAGCUGUGCUCUUCCUGUGGAGGUGUAUUUAAACUGUAGCUUCUCCAUUUCCCAGUUUGCUCUCUGCUUCUCACCUGAUUGGUCAAAGACAUUUCGAUUAUGGUAGAAAUCCCCACAAAAUGCGACUUCUCCACUUUUACUACUUGCUUUUUCACUGAACCAGUAAUCAUUUGUAUUUCCUGACGUAUCAUAUUUGCUUUUACUGUUGUUUUUCAGAGUUGCAGCCGUUGAUUUUCCAGGUUUAUUCUUGUUUGUACUUCAGACAAAUCCCUUUAGAUGUCCCCUAGUGAUAAUCAUAAACCUGGGCAUUAGAUUAUCAGUUGACUCCUGUGGAUGUUUUUGUUGUCCAAAUAAAGCAGCUGAGAUUAAAACAUGAACUCAUUUGAUGCAAAGCAGUGAAGCAGGUCACUGUUUUACCUGCUGAAUCCUGUUGUGCACCAUCAGCAAAAGACAUGUCUAGGUGGUCCUGAUAGCAUUGUGUCUAGGUGAUCUUGUUUGCUUUGUCAUGGCUGAAUUCCAAACAGAGGCUUGAGCACAUCUGUGGCGCACACGAGAAACUAUCUGGUGAGCACAUCUGUCACUGGAAACUGUCCAGCCUUUGUCUUGUUCUGACAGAAGGCAGUGUAAUAAUUGAAUAAGCGUGAGUUGGCUGGGGCUCGCGUGCCGGUCGCCGUCUGCCCACAGGGUGGCAGGUUCCCCAUUAAGCGCCAGUUCUGGUUCCAACGUUUGCACUUGCACAGUGUUGUACAGUUUUGUACUCUCACUCAUCAUUGUGCCUAAACAUGUCAUCAUAUUUUGGAGGAGCGACAGUCAGGUUGUUUCCUCAGACGUGGAUCGGAUCGUGGUUGGGAGAGACGUUACUAACCACGCCCACAAGACAUUCUUUGUCACCUGACCCGUCACCUGUGAGAUAUGUGUGUACACAGUCCAUAUAAGCUGUUCGACUGAAGUGUCUUUAGUCCCCCUUCCCACCAAAACCCAAACAUGACUUGAUGUGAAGCGGCGCCGGUGCGGCCCGGUCAGCUGUGCCGACGCUGCUGAGGUCAUAAUAGAACUUUCCAAAUGUUUGUUGGAGGCAAAUUUGAUGUUGUAAUUUCCGUUAUCACGACUUUGCACAGCACUAGUUAGACCAUUUAAUCUUCCUUUCUAAUUCAUGACUGGUAACAGUCAUGUGAGAGAUGCUGUUACGUUUUGCUGCGUUUUCUCUCCUUCCUGCUUCAUUCUUGACUUUGUACCUUCUGCCUGACUCUGUCCUGCUUCCGCAGUUGAAGUUGGUAUGAAUCUAGGUUAGUUGCUGCUCAGUGGAAGUGCAGCUUUAAAAUGUUUAACGACGUGCACAGCAGCUCAAGGGGAAGAAUAUUCACAUUGUUAUGCUGGAAAAUCUUGGCAUUAUUGGAGUUAAGGCCCAGUAUCACUUUACAUUUUUGUUCCAAAUGAUGCCGAAGCAAUAACAGAAUUAUAGAAUAACAUACACACAAGAAGAAUUACAUACAUGUAAUGUCAGAUCAAAUUUGUCUUGUACUGACUUUGAGUUUUUCUUCUUUGUCUUUUGUUAAUGUUGUGUUAAAACUACAUUCCCAUAUGGAGAAAAGGUGAUUUAAGAAACUUGAUAAGAUUUUGGUCUAGUAAAGCACUAAACAUCCAGUGAACAUGAUUCCAUCUUUUCAGUGCAAAUUCGAAGUAAACACUGCAACAUACCAGUAUAAAUAAUUGUUGUGUAUCAGCCCCUCGCAUCCCAAAGCCUUAUGACUCAGAAAGCUUUUUAACUUUUUAUGUGGGAAUGUUCUUCCUCAGAAAGUCACUUUGACGCAGAAGCAGGACAGACGUCUCUCAGAGGCGACAGCACGCUGCCAAACAGCUGCACGGACACAAACUGUAGCUUUGAAUUGAUUUUCUGUGUAUUAUUUUACCUUUGCACACUGUUGGUAGGGAUGAGGAGAGAAGCGAGUUUUGUAGCUGGACCGUAGACACCAUGAGGACUCCUCUCUCUGUAGUUAAAUGGUUCUCAUGAUUUUCUUCAAAGAAUGUUGUUAAGCCAAAAAUUCUUCAUCAGAGCAGUUUUGCAAGACAACUCUUUCAAUAGCUGUAAAAUGAGAAGAACAGUAUUCACCUGUGUGCACCUUUAUGUCCUCACUCGGUUUUCUUGUCCUUUAAGUUUAAAGCAUCCAUUCAUGUAGCAGAUUCCCAGAAUCUCAGAGCUCAAAUCGUUGCAAGUCCAAUUUUACUUUAUAAAGUGAUGUGUUUUACCAAGAAACGGAGUAAAUGGGCGUCUCGUUAUAAGGAAAAGAAUGGUUUUGCUAUAACAUGAAAAGGAUCUCGUAAAACCAGAGAGUUCAGAUUCUUCUUUACAAACACAUGGAUUUAAGAUGAUACAAGUUAAAGCUUCCUGUUGGUCGAUGAUCAGUUUCAGGAUAUUUUUUUAUUUUCCUCCAAAAGCUGGUUGAAUUAAUGCUGAGGUCAGAGGAGCACCACUCUGCUCACUGCAAUGGAUGUGAGAAACCAGCCAGCAUUUUUCAGUAUUGAAUAGAGAUUUCACUCUGGUAGAACACUGUCAGCACUAACACUCAAAUGCAAAAGCAGCAGUUGUUGGUCUAGUUGGUUACUUCUCACCUGAAAAUAUCAACACUUAAUAAAGUGGCAGAACCAGUCCUAGGAUAAACGCUGUAUCAGCUCUGAGCCUGGCUCCAUCUCUGUUUCCUGUACUUAGUUUAAGGCUCCCUAGUCAGAGCCAU